AUGCUGACUCACGCAAUAGCCGCUUUGUUUAAAUUUAAAGUUGUCGGUAGUAUAAUAACCUUGGCAUGUUGGCCUGCAUCAGAACGAGUAAAAUUCGCUCGAGAGCUCUUUAAGCAUGAUCUAAUGACAAGUUUUUCGUGUGGUGGGGAAGGAUUCGAUCGGGCAGUCAAAAGUCAUGUACAAGGAGUGCUCUAUGUCCCAGCUCACAAUAACACACUGAAUGAGAAAAUCGUUUCUAAGGUGAAUCCAAAUUAUUUUUCCCAUUGGUACAAAUGGGUGGUAGUGGGUGAAGAUCUACCAGAAGCAAUCAAAACGGUACGAUAUGAUGCCGAUAUACUUCUCAUACGGACCCCUAUGCCAAAAGCUGUACAAGGAACAACGAAAAACAAAUCAAAUACAUUAAAAGACACAUCGUUUUAUAUACAAGAUAUAUACAUUCACCCACUCCAUGGAGCGUCAGCACAUCCUUGGGGUGUCUGGGACCUAAAAGAUGGUAUUCAAGCCACGCAUGGAAGAGAUAGAAUUUUGAGACGUCAAAACUUAAGAAAGUAUCCUCUGAAGAUUGCUACACCGCUAGGAUCAUAUUCAGAGGACACCUAUAAUGGUACGUUUUUAGAGUACCUAAUGGAUAUGUCGAUACGUGAAAGAGAUUCAGGCGUACGAAGCGGAUAUGGUUCUUCGGCCUUGAUCAUUGAAAUGCUGAACGCAACUGAAAUCAUAGUUCCAACCAUGCUAUGGAGUACAGAAGUAAACAACAGCAGUAUGAUGCUUGAACUAAAAUAUGGCAGAUCAGAUCUUGGUGGUGGCAUUCUACGAAUGAUGCCUGAACGCUUUGCAAAAUUAGACUACGUCUCCAGUAUAUGGCCUUUUCAUGUGGGUUUUACGUAUCUAGCUGAAAGAGAAAGUAGCAGCAACAUGUUUUUGGAACCUUUCGCUCCAGCGGUCUGGUGGUGCUGCCUCUGUCUCUUUCUGGUUUUGGCAUUAGCUCAGCGUGUUACUGCAAAGACGCCCAUGGAAAAAGAAGGAGCGUAUGCGGCUACUUUGGCGACAUUCUUGCAACAAGACGCUAGUGCUGUUCCGGAAGGAAUAUCUGGAAGGUGGAAUUUCCUAGUACUGUCCAUAUCCGCUAUGCUCAUUCACGCCUACUACACUUCUGCAAUUGUCUCUGCACUCAUGAGCGCCGGCAGAAGUGGUCCCGAUUCACUACGCUCAUUGGGGGACUCUAAAUAUGCUAUCGCUUCAGAAGACUACGAUUACAUGCGAUAUUUGAUGUUUGACGUGGAAACAAAUCGUGAAGAUUUAGAAUAUUUAAAGAAAAAGAAAUUAACAUCCAGAUUCUACCAGGAUAUACACGUUGGUGUGAGUCUCAUUCAAGACGGUCAAACGGCAUUUCACACAGAAUACAACCAACUGUACCCGCAUCUGAAGACAUUCACUGACGAUCAACUCUGCAAGCUACAGUACAUUGAUACGAUUCCCGAAAUACUAACAUGGAUAACAACAACAAAGCACGGUCAAUGGACCAACACAUUCCGAGUAGCUGGAGCUCGGUUGCACGAGACGGGACACAUCAAGCGUCUUGUGUCUCGUCUUCGCAUCAAACCUCCCCCCUGCCGCGCUGCCUUACUAGCCGAGAGGGUUAACAUCGGCGAUGUUGCUCCCGUGUUAAUACUCACAUUGUCUGGAGCCGCUGCCUCACUUGCCUUACUAGGAAUGGAGAUCGUAUUAAUGAAAUGGAUACGCAAAAGAAAUGUUCCGUCAUCUCCUUUGAUUAAUACAAUAGAUAUUUAG